GUCCAGAAUCUGUCUGGCGGUGAGCUGCAGCGUGUGGCUUUGGCUCUGUGUUUAGGAAAGCCGGCGGAUGUGUAUCUGAUCGACGAGCCGUCUGCGUAUCUGGACUCUGAGCAGCGUCUGAUGGCUGCCAGGGUCAUCAAACGAUUCAUCCUUCACGCCAAGAAGACGGCAUUUGUGGUGGAGCACGACUUCAUCAUGGCCACUUAUCUGGCGGACCGAGUCAUCGUCUUCGACGGAAUUCCAUCCAGAAACACUAACGCCAAUGCUCUGCAGACCCUGCUGGCUGGCAUGAAUAAGUUUUUAGCGCAGCUGGAGAUCACGUUCAGAAGAGACCCAAACAACUUCAGACCAAGAAUUAACAAACUCCAUUCCAUUAAGGAUGUGGAACAAAAGAAGAGUGGAAACUACUUCUUCCUGGAUGACUGAAGAUUCCAUUUCACAGAAUUCCAGAAAUGUAGCCGCUCAAUAUGACAUCAGACCAGCAAGCGCUGGCACUGUGGACUUAUAUGUUUGACUGAAUUACCAUCACCACUUCAAACAUACAGAUCUGCUCCACUCCUCUCCUCUCCGCCAUUGGUGCGAUUCAACAGAGACAAGACGUAUCCUCUGACAUAAAGCCAAACUUGUGAGGAGAGGAAAUUAUUUUAAAAAAUAUUUGUGUCUGGGUGAAUUAUCGUUAUCAUUAACAACUGAAGUUCUUUCUCGUCACAAAGUGGUGCGAACCAAUUUACACACGCCAAACAUGCAACUGUAUAUUUUGAAUAAAAUAUUUUAAUCAUGUUACACGAUGUGUUACAUAUUAAAUAACUUGAUUUCUCAAAAUUAGGCUUUUGCAUUCUGCAGUCUUGUGAAGAUGCAAUUAGAAGCGGUUCAAUAUUAAAACGCACUAGAUUUUUGCUACACAAAAUCUGUUGUCAAUGAUAUUGGGUGACGUGUCUGUGCAGUGAGAUUGUUUUGUAAUAAACUGACUUUAAAUGGAAAGACUGCAGCUGAGAAAGAUGUUCUUUGGCUUGUAUUUGGUGUCAAAAUACAUCGUUCUGUAUGUACUUUUUUCC